AUGGAUAUCUUACAAAGUAGACAAGAUAAUCAAGAUAUCAAUUAUACUUAAUAAGAUGCUUGCAGUUUUCAAAUGCUUCCCUCAAGUUUUCAAAUCUCUAAACCCCUUCGUAAAUUUUCAUAAAACGAUUCACAGAGAGAAAUUUAAAUGAGUGUAUUUGAGUAUAGGAACUCGAUAAAAUCUGUGAUAAAACGUCAAAAAUAAAAAAGCUAAAGAACUUCAACAAGGCACUAAGCUCAGAUAUCUCAGGAGACAGAUCAGUCAGACCCAAAUUUAAGUUCUUUAACACCCAAUCUUAAUGUCUACAAAAGUUUUGACAUCAAGCAGCAAGCUAUAUCUUGGAAUUCAAGUCCAAGAAAAGUUAUUGAUAAACUCCCCUCAUUAAAUCAAAGCGAUGCUAAGAUAUAAGUUGAGCAAUCUAAGAUGUCAAUUAAUAUGAUGAUAAGGCCUGUAUUGCACAAAAGAAUGAAGUUGCUAUUUCAAAAUAAUAAGUAAAUAUAGAGUCAAUAAGCAGCUGUUAAAUAGAAACUACUUUCUUAAAAAGAAUAAGGAGCCAGCAAUGACUACAAUCCAUAAACCCCCUUAUAUGAGUCACCUUACUUGAUAAAAGCCAAGGCACUCAACAAUUUCAAGUUAGAUUCUGAAUUUUAAGGCUCAACCAGAAAAAACACUAAUGCUUCUCUUGUAAAAGAAAGUGACAUUAGCUUUUCACGAGUUGAUAUUCCUCAUUUGUAAAUGAACUAGCCAAUUGUUCAAUUCAGAGAGUAAGAUCGGAAUAGAUUCAAUUCGUAUGAUAACUCAAAUUUUGCUGCAGAUCACAAAAAUCAUAAAAAUUAAAGAUCAUCAAGCUUAACAUCAGUACCAAAGUCAGCUUUUUAAUAAGAUUAAUUCAACAAGUGGUAUCAUUAAAUUAACAAAAACACAACUGGAAUAAAAGAACUUAUCAACUCAAUUGAAAACUUUGGAAUGCAAGGUGAAAUUUAAUUCUGUUGA